ACGGCAGCCCGUAUUGUUUGGAUUUCACUACAGCGAAUGCUAAGCUAACAGUGGAAAUAAAGUGCUUUUUGCUCAAAACCUUCUUUUAGAACAUGCUGGUACGCAGUUAUUCACUGGUAUAGAGCUAUUUUUAUGAAUUAUCCCAGCAAAAAGUAGCGGAGAGUUGAAAAAUGACCUAAGAGGGUCCAUCUGUUCCUUGACAACCUGUUGAAUGCAUCAAAUGAAGCCAAAUGAUCGGAGUGUCAGGCAGGUGUCUUCAUAACAAUCACCAAUGUUGAGAGACAGCAGGGGUUUGGUAGAGGAUGUUGUCACCUUAAGAAAUAAACUACGAUUAACUGAGAAAAACCUACAAUCAGUGGGUGAACAAUUGAGCCAAUCAGGAAAUGACCUCAUUGACGAGGAUACUGAUGUCGUGGAAGCAUUCCCAGGUCGUCUUACUUUAGAGGACCUUCAGAAUCCUGAUCCUGUAGAUUCACACCCUGAGCAACAAGAUUGUGCACAUCCCCGUGACUGCAGGUCAGUCAGAGACAUGGAGGCAGAGACGUCUGUGCUCAGGCGAAAGCUCAACACCAUCAGACAGGAGAACUCCUCUCUGGUCCUGCAGAACCGGCAGCUCAUGGGUGACAUAGAAGCUGCUCAGAUGGAGUUAGCCAGCUCCAGGUCAAAGAUUCGCAUGUUGGGAUCCACUGUGGGAGCCCGGACCUCCAGUGUUUCUCACAUGAAGGAGCAGAUUCUGGGUCUAGAGGCCGAGCUGGACACCCUGACCAAGGCUUUAGAGUCUGCAGAGCAGAGGUUGGAAGAACGUGAGCAGACGGUGAUGCAGAGUCACAGGCUGGUGGAGAAGCUGAGAGAUGAGCUGAGAUUCGUUAAAGCCGAGCUAGCCGACAGAACACGUCUGGGGAAACGUGCGGAGCAGCAAAGAAACCAGGCCCUUCAAAAUGCGGAGAAGCUUACAGUCACGUUCAAAGAAUACAAAGAAGAUGCUGCAGAAAAACUCAGGAAGGUGUUAGAGAGUGAAGAUCAGCUGAAGAUCAGUCUGAUGGAGUGUGACCGAGAGAGAGAAGAGCUGGAGAGGAAGUGUACAGCGCUGGAGAGCGAGAAGGAAAAUCUACGGCACAACAUCUGUAAGCUGAAAGAAGCUGUCAGCCACUCUGAGUCUCUCUCCACUGAACGUGUGCAGCUGCAGUCUCAGCUCCAGCAGUUCUCAGAUCAGUUGAAACAGCUGCAGAAGGAGCUGGCGGAGAAGGAGGCGCAGCUGCAGGACACGGCAGGCCUGAGGAGAGAGAAUGAAGACCUGCGGCUGCUCACAGCCUGUCAGGAGCAGAGAGUCGCUCAAGCCCACAGAGAGAGAGAGCAGGAGAGAGCCGAGCUGACCAGCCUGGAGUCUGUCCUGGACUUACUACAUCUGAGAGAGAAUCGGGAGGGUGUGCUGUGUGUGAACCCUUGUUUGCUGCCUGCACUUUCUUACACAAACACCACUGAAUCUCUCAGACACAACUCUGGUGAGCGCUAUCAGAAGCUUCUGGCAGUUCUUCAGAUGGUUGAGAAGGAGAAAAGCCGUCAGGUCAGCGCCACUCAGAGCCUGCAGGAGAGAUUGAGCAGAGCCCAGGAGGAGAUCUCUUCUCUGCAGACCUCCAUCACUGAGAGAGCUUCUCACUACCAGCAGCUCCACAACCAGCUCCUGGAAAAGGCUACACAGGCCACUGCCUUGGAGAAAGAGCUGAAAAAGAAGAACUCGCGUGUAGCCGUCCUAGAGAAACAGCUGCAGGAGAAGAGCUCUGCUUAUUCACAGGCUGUAAUGAAGACAGGACACCUUGAACAAGACCUUCUGGAGAAGACCAGCAGCAUUCAGCACUAUCAGUCAGUCUUGAACAAGAAACAGAGGGAAUAUCAGCAGACUGUUGACAAAGUCAAGGCAGAGCAGUCACACAAAUGCAAGGAACUGGAGGAUGAAAGAGAGGUGCUGCAGUUGUCUCUGGCUCAGAAACAGACUGAAAUCGAGGAGCUUGAACAAAACUUGACUGAUGUUCACAGAGACAAGCAGGCGGCACAGCAGAGAGCAACUCUUCUGCAGAGCUUUAUAGAUCAGCUCACUGAGGAUUUUGAAGCAAAAUCUAAAUGCAGCGAAGAAACACUUAGAAAUGUGGAAGAACAAGCUGCUGACUCUGCUUCAAAGCUGAGGAGCCUGCAGACUGAACUGUCUUCCUGCAAAGAGGAGCUGAGUCUUUAUCUUCAACAGAUGGAGGAGGUGAAGAACCAUCAUGAGAAGCAGCUGGAGGUGAAGAGCAGUGAGCUGUCACAGCUGCAGGAAGAGCUGAGGAGGAAAUGUGAGGCUUAUCAGAGCUCCAGUGAGGAGAACCUGCAGCUACAGCACUCCAUCCAGAACCAGCACUGCAUGCUGGAGGAGAGCACGUCACGCAUCACACAGCUGGAGGAGAGUCAGAGUCUGCUGCAAAGCCAGGUAUCCCAGUUGGAGCAGGACUUGGAGAAGGAGCGCAGUGCCUUGUCUCAGGCUCUGAGAAUAAGGGAGAGGGAGGUAGAGGAGGUCAACCAGGAGGUGCAGAAGAAGGAGAGACAGGCUGCAGAGCUCUCCGGCUCCAUAACGCAGUUGAGUUCAGAGAUGAGUAAGUGUCGAGUGGAGCUUUCAGACAUGGAGCUGGAGCUGCUGCGGUUGAGGAGAGACAGCAACACCAAAGCCUCACAGCUCGUGCAGAUGGAGGAGACGCUCAAGGAGACCAAAGGACUGCUAGAUAAAAAGAGUGAAAUAGUUAUGGACCUUGAGGAGAAGCUCCACCGCAGUGAGAUGGACAGGAGAAACUCUCUACAACGAGCGCAGCUUCUGGAGGGACAGUUAAAGGAGGUGCGUGGAGAGCUGGCCGACACACUAGACCACCUGCAGGAGCUGAGCGAUGUUCUGCAGCACACACAACUGACAUCAGAUCAGCGGCAAGCGGCCAUCGAUAAACUGGCUGCAGAGCUCAGAGAGAGUCAGAGAGAGCUGGAGGAGAGGAACCAUGAGGUGCUGGAUCUGGACACUGCUCUGAAGGAGAGACAGGGGGAGCUGCAGCAGAGAGCACAGCUGCUGGGGCAGCUGGAUGUGGCCAUUAAAGAUCACAAGCUGGAGAUGGAGAAGAAGGUGGAGUUUUUACAGGAAGCUCUGGAGAAGAGCCAGAACGAGUUAAGGGAGAAAGACCAGCAGAUGCAAUUCCUGACAGAACGACUGGAGAUGCUGAAGUCACAACUGCAGGCCAAGGAGGACCUGGACAGGGGUGCUGUAGGCCACAGCCAGCAGUUGCGAGUGUAUCGCGAGCAGCUCCUGAAGACAGUGCAACAGUUACAGGAAGCACAAACACGCUGUGACUCUCUAAACAGACAGAUUGAGGAAAUCACCCGACAAGCACAUCAGAAGGAGAAUGAAGUGGGUCAGCUGCGAGAGGAGAUGUGUGCGAUGGAGAAACGCUCAGCACAAGCUGAGGUCAGACUUCAGGCCAGUGUUUCCACUCUGCAGCAGGAACUUGAGCAGCAGAGAGAAGAGCACCGCAAAGAGCUUUCAGCCCUGCAGCAGACACGUGGGCAGCUGCUGAUGGUGUCGGAUCAGAUCUCCUGCACUUUGCGUAACUCUCAGGAGCAGCUGAGCCAGCGGCUGCAACAGGCCAGAGACCAGCUGGAGGAGGCCAGGUCUACCUCUGUGCGCCUACACGCUGAGCUUCACAACAAAGAACAGCUACUGCAAAAUGCUAAUGAGAACCUGCUUAUCAAGGAGUCAGAGAUCGCUCGUCUUCAGACCAAACUUUCCAGCUUGGGAAGAGUCACAGACCUCCACAACAUCACACUUCGUCACAAACCCAGCACUCCACCUCUUCCUCCUCUCUCUCCUCCUCAUAAAGACUCCAUUCUUCAGGACCCUCCAUCCUCCACACGCUCCAGCCUCUCCCCUUGGCACAACACCUUCUCUGACGCCUCUCUGGAGCUUUCAGACAGUCUGAAGGCCAGUGUUCAGGCUGCGCUGCAGCCGCCGUCCUCUCCGGCGCAGGUCUGGCAGGGGCUGAGCAGCCAUGAGGCCUCCUGCUCCACAGACAUGACCUUCAAUCCACUCACAUACAUGCUGGACCAAGAGGAGCCAGAGGAAGCAGAUCUAGACUCUCUCUCAGGUAUGCUGAGGUUUGUUAACCAGACUCUGGCCCUUCAGGAGCAACAGUCCCUUCUUGACAACAGCACACACGCAACAGGAACGUAAUGAAUGAGGUAUAAAAGCUUCACUGAUGUCCAAAACAUGACGAUUCAAUCAUUUUUAGUCUAAAAGUUAGUGGAUGAGUUUUGUUUAGCUAGAACUGUUUGAGCUUGAACAUGAUUGCGAUGGUCACACCGCACUUCAGGUGUCCUGUGGAGGUUUUGUAUUUAGCUGUAUAUUUUUAGUCUUACAAAGUUUUAUGUUUUAUAUUGCUUAUUUAUAUUGUGUCGAACGAUUGACUAAUAAUAAAA